AUGGAGCAGCAAGAAAAUCAACUGGACAGAGAAAGAUUCUCCUGUUGGAUCUGUGAGGAUCUACUGAAGGAUCCGGUGACUGCUGUCUGUGGACACAGCUACUGUAAGAGCUGUAUUAACACCCACUGGGACAAAGAGGAGGAGAGAAGAAGCUACAGCUGUCCUCAGUGUAGACAGACCUUCACACCGAGGCCUGUCCUGCAGACAAACACCAUGUUAGCUAAUUCACUGGAGGAGCUGAAGAAGACUGGACUCCAAGCUGCUCCUGCUGAUCACUGCUAUGCUGGACCUGAAGAUGUGGCCUGUGAUGUCUGCACUGGGAGAAAACUGAAAGCCCUCAAGUCCUGUUUGAAUUGUUUGGCCUCUUAUUGUGAGAAACACCUCCAGCGUCAUCUUCAGUCAGCUGCAUUGAAGAAGCACAAGCUGGUGGAGCCCUCGGAGAAGCUCCAGGAGAACAUCUGCUCUCGUCACAACAAGGUGAUGAAAAUGUUCUGCCGCACUGAUCAGCAGUGUAUCUGUUCUCUCUGCUCUGUGGAGGAACAUAAAGACCACGACACAGUGUCAGCUGCAGCAGAAAGGACUGGGAGGCAGAGAGAGCUCGGGCUGAGGAGACAAACCAUCCAGCAGAGAGUCCAGGACACAGAGAAGGACGUGAAGCUGCUUCAACAGGAGGAGGAGGCCGUCAAUGCCUCUGCUGAUAAAGCAGUGAAGCACAGUGAGAAGAUCUUCACUGAACUGAUCCGUCUGCUGGAGAAAAGAAGCUCUGAUGUGGAGCAGCAGAUCAGAUCCCAGCAGGAAACUGAAGUGAGUCGAGUCAGAGAGCUUCAGGAGAGACUGGAGCAGGAGAUCACUGAGCUGAAGAGGAAAGACCAUGAACUGAAGCAGCUCUCAGACACAGAGGAUCACAACCAGCUUCUACACAACUACCCCUCACUGUCACCACUCAGUGAAUCUACACACUCAUCCAGCUUCAGGAUCCGUCCUCUGAGGUACUUUGAGGACGUGACAGCAGCUGUGUCACAGGUCAGAGGUCGACUACAGGACAUUCUGAGUGAGAUUUUACAGAUUGUGUCUCAAGUGGAUGUUUUACUGGGACAACCAGAGCCAGAGACCAGAGCUGACUUCUUAAAAUAUUCCCAGGAAAUCACAAUGGAUCCAAACACAGCACACAGACGUUUGUUAUUAUCUGAGGGAAACAGAAAAGUAACACGUAUGAGAGAAGAUCAGUCUUAUUCUGAUCACCCAGACAGAUUCACUGGUUGUUGUCAGGUCCUGAGUAGAGAGAGUCUGAUUGGACGUUGUUAUUGGGAGGUGGAGGUAGGGGUGGGGGUGUUGGGAGGAGUUUUUGUAGCAGUCACACACAACAAUAUCAGAAGACAUGAAUCUGCAUUUGGAUUCAAUGAUAAAUCUUGGUCAUUAUGUUGUUAUGGAAACAGUUAUUACUUUCAAUACAACAACAUCAGGACUCCAGUGUCAGGUCCUGGGACCUCCAGAAUAGGAGUGUACCUGGAUCACAGUGCAGGUGUUCUGUCCUUCUACAGCGUCUCUGGCACCAUGACUCUCCUCCACAGAGUCCAGACCACGUUCACUCAGCCUCUCUAUGCUGGAGUUAGAGUUGGUUGGUCUGGAUCCACAGCUGAGUUGUGUAAACUCAAAUAG